AAAGCGCCGUAAUUUGUGUAACCCUGUUAACCCAAGAAUACGCAUAGAUGGAGACUGCGCGGAUCUUGCCUGCGUUCUGCGGAACUAAAACUGAGUUGUAAAGGCUUUUAGACGGGAGGAUUUAAGAAAGGCCUCACUUCCGGGAGUUCCGGAAGCAGCGUGAUCAUGGCGUCCGCGUUGAACGGGCCAGUCCUGGCGGCAGAGAAAAAAGAAGUUCGUGUUAAGAAACCGAAGCCGAAGCCGGAGGAUCGAGAUGAACCAGAACUCCUCACUGUUCCUGAUGGUUGGAAAGAACCUGCUUUUUCUAAAGAGGACAAUCCCAAAGGACUCUUGGAAGAGAGUAGCUUUGCCACUUUGUUCCCUAAAUAUAGAGAAGCUUACUUGAAAGAAUGCUGGCCAUUGGUACAAAAAGCCUUAAAUGAACAUCAUGUUAAUGCAACUCUUGACUUGAUUGAAGGCAGCAUGACUGUGUGCACGACAAAGAAGACUUUUGACCCAUAUAUCAUCAUUCGGGCCAGAGACCUGAUAAAACUAUUAGCAAGGAGUGUUUCUUUUGAACAGGCAAUACGGAUUCUUCAAGAUGAUGUUGCAUGUGACAUUAUUAAAAUAGGUUCUUUGGUCAGAAAUAAAGAAAGAUUUGUAAAAAGAAGACAACGGCUCAUUGGCCCCAAGGGAUCUACAUUAAAGGCAUUGGAACUCCUAACAAACUGUUACAUUAUGGUUCAGGGAAACACGGUUUCAGUCAUUGGACCUUUUAGUGGCUUAAAAGAGGUUCGGAAAGUGGUUCUAGAUACUAUGAAGAAUAUUCAUCCGAUUUAUAACAUCAAAACCUUAAUGAUUAAACGAGAGUUGGCAAAGGAUUCUGAGUUAAGAUCACAAAGUUGGGAAAGGUUUUUGCCACAGUUCAAGCACAAAAAUGUGAAUAAACGCAAAGAGCCAAAGAAAAAAACUGUUAAGAAAGAGUAUACACCAUUCCCACCGCCACAGCCAGAAAGUCAGAUUGAUAAAGAAUUGACUAGUGGUGAAUACUUUUUGAAAGCAAGUCAAAAGAAGCGACAGAAAAUGGAAACAAUAAAGGCUAAACAAGCAGAAGCUCUCAGUAAGAGACAAGAGGAAAGAAAGAAAGCUUUUAUUCCACCUAAGGAGAAGCCAGCUGUGAAACCUAAAGAAGCUUCCACUGAGACUAAAAUUGAUGUGGCUGCCAUCAAGGAAAAGGUUAAGAAAGCGAAGACUAAGAAACUGGGAGCUCUUACAACUGAAGAAGUUAAGCUUAAAUUGGAAGCAGAUGAAAAGAAGAAGAAAAAAUAACAACCCCCCCCCCAACCACAAAUAAAUUAUCUCCUUUUGUAAAGGAUUUUUAGAUGCUAGGGCAUUGGUUGCCUUAUCUGUGAGAAGUAAUACUUUGAUCACAUUUUUGAGAUUAUGUAAACUGCUGUUCUUUAUAAAUUAUUGUAUCAUGUUUUUUGAAAAAAGAAAAUUGUACAAAGUGGUACAUAGAUCUUUGUAUAUUUCAUCUAACCUCUAGACAUGUUUAAGUAAAACCUUUUAGAAUUAUGUCCAUCAAAAUCUGAUGUCAGUGGUUGUUAGUCUUUAUAAAUAAAUAACCAUGUCCUAA